ACGCCUCGGCGCCUUUCUCUGCCUCAGCCUCUGCGGCGGCGGCGCUCGGCUUCCUGCUCCGUCGCCGGCGGGCGGGCCGGGGCAGCCUGCGCGGCGCGGCCGCUCAGCGGGACCGGGGAGGCUGCGCGACGUGGCCGCGGCCGCCCAGCCCAGGUGGCUUUUUUUUAAUGCAGUAGUGUUGUUUCCUGGCUGAAGAUUAAAGAUGAGAAUAGCAGGUGCUGCAAAGUUGGUGGUAAUUGUAGCAAUAUUUUUAUUGACAUUUUAUGUCAUAUCUCAAGUGUUUGAAAUAAAAAUGGAAGCAAACUUAGGACACAUGUUUGCUAGAUCAGCAUUGGAUGCAGCUGCACGCUCCACAAAACCUCCAAGAUACAAAUGUGGGAUCUCUAAAGCUUGUCCUGAAAAGCAUUUCGCAUUCAAAAUGGCAAGUGGAGCAGCAAAUGUAGUUGGACCUAAAAUUUGCGUAGAAGAUAAUGUUUUAAUGAGUGGAGUUAAAAAUAAUGUUGGCAGAGGAAUAAAUGUGGCCUUGGUCAAUGGUAAAACAGGAGAACCAUUAGACACGAAAUUCUUUGACAUGUGGGGAGGAGAUGUGGCACCAUUUAUCGAAUUUCUUAAGUCCAUCCAGGAUGGAACCAUAGUGUUAAUGGGAACAUAUGAUGAUGGUGCAACCAAGCUUAAUGAGGAAGCACGGAAGCUUAUUGCUGAAUUGGGAAGCACAUCCAUCACUAACCUUGGCUUUAGAGACAACUGGGUCUUCUGUGGUGGGAAAGGAAUUAAGACUAAAAGUCCAUUUGAACAGCAUAUAAAGAACAACAAGGAUACAAACAAAUAUGAAGGCUGGCCAGAAGUUGUUGAGAUGGAAGGCUGUAUCCCUCAGAAGCAAGACUAAAUCAAAACAAAAGGAAAGAAGAAUGAAAAUGGAAGAAAAUGCACUUUCUGCUGUUACUAGAGAGAGGGCUAUGAAGGAGACUGUACUGUAAAUAAUAUUUUUAAGCAUGCAACCAUUUUGUCGGUGUGUGCAUGAGCACUGACAUUUUGAAUAUCGGGAUUAUUUAUUGCUAAUACAUAAAAAUCCUUUUUGUAAAUAUGUUCAAAAUAAACAUCAAAUCAUUUCUAAACAGGUUUCUUAAAAGCACAGUAUUUAGUUUGCCUAUGGUAAAUAAUAUCUCGUAGGUCAACUGGCUAAUAAAUUGCAUAUGCCAAUAAUAAAUAGAUCCUGACAAAUGUACUGUCUUCUAAUAUUGCUGUGAGUAUAUAACCUUUGUGAAAUACGUAGAUUUUAGUGAUAAGUUCAUAAAAAGCUUUAAUUUUUUUUUAUCCUCUGCCUUUUUAGUGGCAGCAUCACUUUUUAUUGAAGCUAAUUGGUUAUUCUAAUAACAAGUGCUCCAGAAAUUUAUUUUGUAGUUCCCCACCAAAACCAAAUAAUUAACAGGAAGAAAGCAUGAUAUUGAAAUGCAGACACGCUACAAAAAGCACAAUAUGAAUUAUUUUUACUAGGAGAAAAACAAAAGUAAAUAUAUCCAUAGUGUACGUGAUACCUAAAAGCAGUUGAAAGGAUUUGUACUCAACUUGAAAAUAGUGUUUACUGUGUAGAAGAGACUUGGCAUGUUAAGCAACAGUACUUAUGGCAACUUGUGCAGUUUUUAUUACAAUUUUUGUACUGCUGUUUAACCAUUUAGUCUAUCUAUGGCUAUUCAACCAUACUGGUUAGUCACUUGUUAAAUGUGCAAAGAGGAACUCCUUCCUGCUUGAGUUUUAACACCAGGAAUAAAUUUUCCAUUGCAAAGAACCUAUUAGAAAGCAGUCUGCCUUCUAGCAGCAGUUUUCAGGGUACAAUAUUAUGAGCCUUUACUGCCUAUCCUCUAUGCUACAUCUAAUGUGAACUGAGGUAAUUUGUGCUUACAGGGAGGUAUUAGCAAAAGCAUUGUAUCUAAGGUUAUGCAAUGUAUAACAUUCAAACUUAACUGUCAAUUUUCUUUUUUUUUUUCAAAGCAAAAAAAUGGACCAAGUUGAAGUGGCCUUAUUCUUUAGCUCAUAUCAGAGCUGUCAGAAAACAGCUUUUGUUGGAAACUUCAGUUUCUUUUAAGUAUGGCCAGCUCGAUCUUUCACUGAAACCAAGUUAGCAUGGUGUAACUGAAAGUGUUGGUAUUCAAGAAAUAGGGGAUGUCACAGAACUGAUUAUAAUCUCUUGGUGUUUCAUGCCAUGAGUUCUGGUACAAUCUUCAACAACUUCUAGCUAGUACCAUGGGACAAAAGCUACAAAGGAAUUUUCAGGGACCCACAGUGUAAGUUGAAAACAGCAGCGAUCAAAAUACUAUUAUCAUUGAUGUCUUCUGAGAUGGAUGUGUGCACUAAAAAUUUCAAGCAAUAUUGGGAAUUGCUUUGCAAGUCAAAUAACCUGUGAUAUCAGAGCAAGUCUGGACUCCGAGUUGUUCUUAUGUUUAACUAGCUUGUUAGAUAACAUGGUUUUCCCUCAAGUUUAAUGUGGAACAGCAAUAAAAGCACCUUAUUAUGGUGAAAUUGUCUUUGUUAAGUCUUUCAGAUUUUCUUGUUUAGGAGGAUGUGUCAAAAUCGUGUAUCUCUCUGUCAUCAAAUAAAGUAAAACCCUUCAUUUCUAUCCAUUGGAAAAUAAAUUUUAUUUCAUACCA